AUGCUACAACACCGCAUUGUCUUUCCUCCCUUGACUCGGCUUCGGAAUGACGAUAAUCAUGUGCCUAUUCCUCUGAUGGAGAAAUAUUACGCUGAUCGUGCCUCUGUUCCUGGAACUCUUGUCAUUUCAGAAGCAACUGGUAUUUCCCAUGUUGAGGAAGGCGAGCCCAACAACCCAGGCUUUGUCAGUGAAGCUCAAGUUAUCGCCUGGCGCAAGAUCAUCGAUGCAGUCCACGCCAAUGGAUCUUUCUAUUUUCAGCAAAUUUGGGGUAUGGGACGAGCAUCUGAUCCUCAUCAUCUCGCUGAGCGGGACCUCCCAUAUAGGUCUAGCAGUGCGGUGCCUAUGAAGGGUGUCGAUGUUAUUCCCGGUGCUAUGAGUGAGGCUGAGAUUCUGGAGACCAUUCGAAACUUUGCUGAGACUGCUAAGCGUGUCAUUGCAGCUGGUGCAGAUGGUGUUGAGAUUCACUCUGCCCACGGUUACCUGCUCGACCAAUUCCUCACGCCCAGUGUCAACCAGCGCACGGAUAAGUGGGGUGGCUCCAUUGAGAACAGAUCUAGGCUGACGCUUGAAGUUGUCAAAGCUGUUGUUAAGACUAUCGGUGCUGAGAAGGUGGCGGUCCGGUUCUCCCCUUAUGCCGGAUUCCAAGGUUCCGAGAAGACGGAUUUCGUCGAGCUGUACACAUACCUCAUCAUGGAGCUCAAAAAGAUGAACGUCAAAUUCGCUUACCUGUCUCUGGUCGAGGCAACUGGAGAUCCUGGUGCCUUGAUUCGAGAUGAGAAAGAGAUCAACGUUGGCAAGACAUUAGACUUCAUCUUAGAAGCCUGGGACAAUUACUCUCCUAUCGUGGUGGCAGGUGGCUAUCAGCCUGACUCCGCUGCAUGGGCAGUAGAGGAGCACUACAAGAAAUGGGACGUGAUGAUUGCCUUCGGGCGCCACUUCAUUGCCAACCCGGAUUUGGUUUUCAGGAUUCAGCAUGGCAUUCCCCUCACCAAGUACAAACGUUUAACGUUCUACCUCAAAAAGCAGUGGGAGGGCUAUAAUGAUUACCCAUUCAGCCAUGAAUUUCUGAAGGCACAUCCAAAGGCCAUACAUCCUAUGACUGAGAAAGAGAUAAAAUGA